AUGUUCCGCACUUCUGAAGGGGCAGCAGCAGAAGGAGUUCGUAAGGCGUGGCUUGGCAUCCUAGUCGCUGACGUCCUCUGUCCCGCGCAGUUUUGCUUAAGAAAUGGAAACGCCGAUCGCAUCGAUAGCGCUUCGUACGGGGGCGGAAUCAUCGCAUUGGGGAAACACGACACCGUCACCUUCGCUGACUUCGGCCCAAACAUCGCCCAGGCCAAGGCUUCGGAAAACUCGAUAUCCGAAGAGGGGAACAUACCAGGUGCGAUGACAAAGGAGAAAGGAACUGAAAAUUUAGACUCUGCCGAUCGCGGCUUGACGGCAGAUCUGGUGUUUCAGGGCGUUGCCUUCGAGCCUUUUGGCUCCAUGACGCCCACCUUUGUCCACUCGAACCUGACAAUUGCAAGUGGGUCGUUUUCCACAAUUAAUUUGUUGCUGGAACCAUUCGAAGAGCCAAUCUCGGGGACCAUCCUCUUAGGGUGA